CCUCGGUUAUGUGCUCCCCGCACGAGCUUGUCAUUUUCAGUUUUAGCCACACCCCUGCAGAGAUCCUGCCCAUCUCCCUGGUGUUUAAAAAACUAAUUCAGGACAAUAGCAACGAAUCCUCGCUUAAUUAAAUUAAUUAGUCCUUCUUGUCAAUCUUGGAUUAAUGGCCAAUAGCAACCUCGUAAGAAUGAUGUGAAAUCUGAAGGGCUGCUAAUGUGUUUUUCGAUGCUGUCAGUAUAUGGCGAAGGGAAGGGGGCUCAUCCCGGCAUCCUGAGGGGAGGUAAUUUGCACGGAUCAAGGGGCAGGCGUUGCAAAGUAUAAAUACUGUGACUUCAAUAGCGGAUCACCAGCAGGUUGGAACUCCGCAGCAAGAAGAAUUGUCCGAGAUCUUAUACAUUUAGCUGCAGCACGAGAUCCAGAGUUGGCAGCAACAUCACCUUGCAUUUAGGUCGACUAAAAUAAACACUCUUGAUGUCUUAAGCUGUUGUGGAACUGAGAGAGAGAGAGAACGAGAGAGAGUGAGAGACCAAGACGGGGAGAUUUUUUGGAGCAGUGAUGGAAGAACUUACCGCGUUUGUGUCUAAGUCUUUUGAUCAGAAAGUGAAGGAAAAGAAGGAGGUGAUCACGUACAGGGAGGUGCUGGAGACCGGAUCCGCGCGAGCCAGGGAGGGUCUCACCACCGAACCGAAUCUCGAGGAAGUGAACGAUAUCGCUCGGGUAGACGCGCGAUCACCAGAGAGAACCAGGGAUGUGCGAAGCCCGAAACUGAUCGAUGGUACCACGCACAUGAAAGAGAGAAAAGAGGACACAAAGCAAAUGGAGGACGAGGCACAGACUAAAAUCAAGCAGAGGAGAAGUCGGACUAACUUUACACUGGAGCAAUUGAACGAGCUAGAGCGGCUAUUCGAUGAGACCCAUUACCCGGAUGCCUUCAUGCGCGAGGAGCUGAGCCAGCGGCUAGGGCUGUCCGAGGCUCGAGUACAAGUUUGGUUUCAGAACCGGAGGGCCAAAUGCAGAAAGCAGGAGAAUCAGUUACACAAAGGAGUUCUCAUUGGAGCUGCGAGUCAGUUUGAAGGUUGCCGUGUAGCGCCAUAUGUCAACGUGGGGGCCUUGCGGAUGCCAUUCCAACAGGUCCAGGCGCAACUGCAGUUGGACAGCGCGGUGGCCCACGCGCACCAUCACCUGCACUCUCACCUGGCAGCGCACGCUCCUUACAUGAUGUUUCCGGGCCCGCCAUUUGGUUUACCCUUGGCUACGCUCGCGGCUGAAUCCGCCUCUGCUGCCUCGGUUGUGGCUGCAGCUGCAGCCGCCAAAAACACCAACAAGAACUCCAGUAUUGCAGAUCUGAGACUCAAGGCCAAAAAACACGCGGCAGCUCUGGGACUGUGACUAGGCGUGCAACAAGGCGUCUACGGCGUCUAAAAUGCCUACAUUAUUGACUUAGAGUCAUCGACAAGGCAGAGCGGCAUCAAAACAAAAAAAGGCUUACAAAGUGAAAGCAAGGACAUAUUUAUGUAUUUUUUUUUUUAUGAAGGACAUCAUGUAUAACUAUAGAAAAUAUGCUAUUUAUGAGAUAAAACAAAGAUAGACUGUGAAAUCGAUAAUAAUUUUGGAUCUCAACGAAAAGGGCGGGACUUGAUGUAGGCUACAUCUUCACAAUGCAACGUGGUAACUGCACCAACGUGAAACUAGGGUGGAGGUGUCAACGAGCAAGAUUGCCAAGAGGAGAGAUGCCGCUGGGACGUUCGAUUCUUUGUGAAACAAGGCGAACUAUUCUGCGUUGUUUUGAAUUAUUAGGCUAUAUUAUUAUUUCCUUUUGAAACUAUAGAGGCUGGCCUCGUUAUAUUUCAAAACAUUUUCUCAGUAAAGGAAACAGCGGAUGUUCGUGAACAAAUAGAGAGACAAAAAAAGACCCUUAUGUGACAGUUUUUUUCUGUUCUUCUUCUUGUCCAAAUGAAAACUCCUCUGCAGUGUUGCAUGAAUUUCUUUCCUCACAGAUGACGUAAUUUGAGUCGGUUCAAUUUCUCUCUCGUGCGCUCCCUCCAUGGACUGCAGACAGACAGACAGACAGACACUCCGAGGAACUAACGAAGCUCUCACUUAAAUGUCACAGUAUUUGGACCUCUUGGCUUCUAGACAUUUAGGGAUUUGUGGAAUUCAGACAUUUGCCACAAAUGUUACAUUAUUUUGUGAAUGGUGAACUUCCGUUAGUCUAUGAAGUUUUAUACAAUGCAAUGAGUGCAUUUGCGAGUGAUUCGACCUACUGAAAGCGCAAUAUAAUGUCACUUUUUAAGAACAACAAAUAUUUGGACAACAAUUGCAGUAGGCUAUAUGAGACGGUACGGAGCACAUGUAAAAUAUGUUAAUACACAAGAAACAUGCAUUAUUUUUUGUUAUUUUGUGGUUUAUGAAUGCAUUGUGAGAGCAUUUUUGUUUUCUAUUUUACUGUCCUUCCGUGUGUAAAACUCAUGUGCAUUCUGUAGGCUAUGUAAUGUUGAUGUUUUUAUAACAGUGAAAGUGAACGUAGCCUACCUGAGGCACGGAUUUCUAAAAAUAUCAUAGAAAUUAUUUUCAUUUUUUCAUCACUUAUGUGAAACGUGAACUCACCUAAACAAAAUGUUUUCGGUUCAUAGAAUAAAUCAACUGAAGUUUCUUUUUAUGACA